AUUUUUCUCUCAAUGUAAAAAAUAAACAAAAUAAUCUUUAAACUGGUGUAGUUGUAACCGUUCUUAUCAGUUCAGCUGAAGAACAGACCUCUGAAUGAUUACAUAACUCGUAAAAAUAUAUAAAUACGUCGAGAAAAGAGCAAUUAAGAGCCACCGCGGAUGGUAGUGCAUAAAAUUUUUUAAAGAGCCCAAUUUCCAUAUAUUACUUUGUUAUAUAAAUACGUUUUGCAAAAUCUCUAACAUUCAUUUGAAAUAUGAUGAAGCAACAUAUAAUAUUGUUAAUAUUUGCAAUACUGAUACUCAAAUAUGGGACGUGCCUUGAAAUACCUAUUCCUCGUAUUGCCAUCAUAGGAGGUGGCAUUGGCAGUGCAUCCACUUCGCAUUUUCUCACAGAGUUAUUCAAUGGAAGUUUGAAGAUUGAUUUAUACGAAGCAAAAACUAUUGGUGGACGAUUGGCAACUGUAAAAAUUGAUAACAUUGAAAUGGAAGCUGGUGGUGCAAUUUUACACCCUAAGAACAUGUAUAUGCAGAAAUUUGUCAAACUUUUGGGUCUAGAGCAUAAUUCUUACAGUGGACUAAAGUAUGGUAUUUGGAAUGGAGAUGAAUUUGUAUUUGAGGAAAGCACAUGGUAUGUUAUAUCACUGGCAAAGUUAGUUCACAGAUAUGGUUUUCAAGUGUAUAAACUUAAAAGAUAUGUAGAUGACAUAGUAGAAGAAUUUGAGAAUAUAUAUCAUCUACAGGAUGAGGGAAAAUCUUUUCUCAAUGUCACUGCAUUGCUAUCAGCUAUGAAUAAAGAAUUCCCGAGUUUAUUGCAAUCGUCUGUAAAGGAUCAUCUUUUACAUAUGGGUUUUACAGAAAGAUUGAUUAAUGAAAUAGUGCAAGCUACUGUUGUAGUAAAUUAUGGUCAAGAUGUUAAUAUUCAGAGUUUUGUUGGUUUAAUAUCCAUAGCUGGUGCAGAUGCUAAUCUAUGGUCUGUUAAGGGAGGAAAUAAAGCAGUACCGGAACAUCUCAUUUAUAGAAAUAAAUAUGUAAACAUAAUACCAAGUCGUGUUACAAAAAUCCGUAAUAUAGUAGACAGCAGCGAUUCGAGUCAAUAUGAAGUGACUUAUAAAAAUAAAGAUAGUGUAGAUACAAUGACAUCUACAUAUGAUAUUGUAAUUAUUGCUGCACCACUUACACAUGAUCAAGAAUUUCCGAUAAAGUUCGUCGAUUUUCCAGAUAAUUUAGUGUUUCCAGGAGACUAUCAAACGACAUAUGCAACAUUUAUUAAUGGAGAUCUUAAUCCAAAAUAUUUUGGUUUGCAAGAGACUGUGGAUAUUAUAUUAAGUUGUAAUCCCAACAAAACAAAAAUCAGCUCAAUUGCAAAAGCGACUUCUGUGGAUGGAUCAUUUGAUAUAAAUUCGCAAAAUUGGAAAAUCUUUAGCAGAGAACCACUGGGAACAAAGCUUCUAAAAAAUAUGUUUUCUCAUGUCACUGAAAAAAAGGAAAUUGCUUGGAAAGCAUAUCCCCAUUACUCAAGUACAAAUGUACAUUUUGAUCAGUUCAAAUUACAUGAUGCGUUAUAUCAUAUCAAUGCAAUUGAAUGGGCUGGUAGCGCAAUGGAGAUGAGUGCAGUAGCUGGAAGAAAUAUCGCUAUCUUGGCACAUGAUAAUUUUGUCCAAAAAUACAACCUUGUAUUAAAUAAAAAAAUCCAUAAGGAUUCAAUUAGAAAAGUAGAAUUAUAAUAUUUUAAGUGUAUUAUUAUACACAAUACA